AGCGGCGAGCGGACACGGUCAGAGCGGGGAGAUCCACGGCACCAUGACGGCUCCAAGCAACACCUACGACGUGAUAGUGGUCGGAGCGGGCAUUUCAGGUUUGAGUGCAGCUAAGCUGCUAAAAGCCAGCGGGCUGAACCCUGUGGUGCUGGAGGCCAGAGAUCGAGUGGGUGGUCGCACCUUCACUGUGCGGAACAAGGAGACAAAAUGGGUCGAUCUGGGUGGGGCCUAUAUCGGACCAACUCAGAACCGCAUCCUUCGGUUGGCCAAAGAGUACGGUGUAAAGACCUACAAAGUCAACGAGCAGGAAAACCUCGUACAUUAUGUCAAUGGAAAGUCGUACCCGUUCAAAGGCUCCUUUCCUCCCAUGUGGAACCCCUUCGUCUUGUUGGACUUCAACAACCUCUUCAGGACAAUGGAUGAGAUGGGCAAACAGAUUCCCAGGGAGGCACCAUGGAAAGCUCCACAUGCUGAAGAGUGGGACAAAAUGACCAUGCAACAACUUUUUGAAAAGAUCUGCUGGACCAGUGCCGUUCGUCGCUUCGCCACCCUGUUUGUCAAUGUGAACGUGACUUCCGAACCCCAUGAGGUGUCGGCUCUGUGGUUCCUCUGGUAUGUAAAACAAUGCGGAGGAACCAUGAGAAUCUUCUCAACCACAAACGGAGGGCAGGAAAGGAAGUUUGUUGGUGGCUCGAGUCAGAUCAGUGAGUGCAUGGCCAACGAGCUAGGGGAUCGAGUGAAGCUGCAGUCACCGGUCUACAGGAUCGACCAGACCGGAGACAUGGUGCUAGUAGAGACGGUGGACAAACAAACCUACAGGAGUUCUGAGGGAGCCUGUUGGCAGGUUGUACUUUGCUGGAACAGAGACGGCCUCAGAGUGGAGCGGCUACAUGGAGGGUGCAGUUCAAGCUGGAGAGAGAGCAGCCAGAGAGGUCUUGUGUGCGAUGGGUAAGAUUCACCAGAGUCAGAUCAACCAGCCGGAGCCUGAAAAUGAUGAGGUCCAGGCACGCCCAUUUGUCACCACCUUCUGGGAGAGGAACUUGCCUUCAGUCGGUGGUCUGUUGAAGUUCAUGGGGGUCUCCACCAUUGUGCCUGCUGUCGCUGCAGCGGGCCUACUGGCCUACAAGAAGGGCCUUCUCCCCCAUUGGAGUUAAAUCGUCGUCUUAUCUGCCUCUCAAGGAGACACAACUCAACAGAAAUUGUACUCAUGCACUUAUUUGUGUCUUAAGUGAACUACAUGUUUUUUAAACAACACUGUGCAAUGUAAGACUGUUGAACUUGUGCAAAACAGUGACACACAUUUCCAGUCUGUAGUGUGCUCAGAGAGUGACAGGCUGAUUAGAGUUUAUGAAAUAUAUGUUGAGAGGGAAACAAACAUUAAUGUUAUUAAUCAGCUCCCAAUGAAAAAGUCAGAUUGUGAAACUAGUGAAGGAAAAAUCAUUUCUAAAGGCUGAAAGCUGUAAAUCUCUUACUAUUCCAUAAGUUGCCAAUGACAUUAACUUUAAAUACAUUUAUGUUUUUGGAGUCAUCAUACUUGUGUGUGAGCUUUGUUUUGUAGUGACCGAGGUGAGCGUGUGUCCAUGUUUGUGUGUGUUUGCACUGCGUCUGUUGGUUUUUGGUGCUGAUUUAAACCGACCGAGCAGCUGCUUGGUGUCGUCCAGUACCACGUGAGAAGAGCAGAGCCGCGUCAUUCCUCAUCACAAAGUCAGAUUAGCGAUCUUAUUCACAUUUUGUGAACAAGUCCCAUGAAAAAUACAAAAAUGAGAGAGAAUCCCUCGUUAAUUUGAAAACAUAAAGCUUUUGCAGUGAAUUCACACUUUAAUAGCAACAGAUUUUUGACCAUGCUGUGGAGCAGUUUUGAUCAGUUAUUAAUCUGGAACAUCGUUUACUGGUCUCUCAUCCAGAUGCAACUUCAGAUGAGAAAAUCUGUGAUUUUUUGAAAAACUGUUUUGAUGCAUCCAUCUAGAUUUGAUCAACUGAGCUUUUGAGGAGAACAUGCUGUGGUGGCCUGUUUCGUGCAUGCUCAUCAUUACUUUCUGUUAACAAACUACAUCUUCUGUGUCUGGCUUGCUCUUUCCUGAUCCUGCCGCCAAUAAAUUUGAACUUUGUGCUCAAAGACCCUUACCAUCGAUACCUGAGAGGAAACAAUAAACAGCACUAAAGGGAAAAUAAGCCACUAUUGUUCCUGGACAAUCUUUAGGCAAGCUGGGAAUGUUCUUUCUCUUAUCUUUUGCUGUUGACGUCAAUAAUUUUGCUAUUUAGUGGUGCUGCAAUGGCAUUUUAAAAUUUUUGUUAGUGUUGAGGUUUUAAUUGAAACUUUUACAUCUCAAAUGCCUAAAAUGUGUUUCUCAAAGGAUUUGUUCACACGUCUGCAGAUUAUCAGUUUCACAUCCAUCCAUCAGCUUUACCCACUUCUUCCUUUUCGGGUCGCGGGGGUCACUGGUGCCCAUGUCCAGCUAUAGUAGCUUCAAAACUGAAAAUGUUUUGAGAGCUGGAUGACGUGAUACACAGCAGUUUGAAACAACAAACUACUGGAGCCACAGUUGACUAGCAUGCAGGAGUCCUGCCCAUGCACGCUGUUAAUUCACUAACAGGUCACCAUGUCAAUCCCAAUCUAACAAAGCACUUUUCUUAAGGGCUCCAUAUACUUAUUGAAAGCAAACUUAUAAAAAAAAACAUUUGAACAUACAAGGCAAGAUAAGAACUGCAUGAAUCAACAAAAAUGACCCACGAAAAAAAUAUCUGAAGUUUAAAUUUUAGUCAAGAAAAUACUUGGAGAGGCGGGGCUUAAAAUAUAUAAUGUAGUUAGCCACUAGGGGGGUAAUGUCCUUGGUGGUCUCAACUUCUGGCUUCCAGUCCUGUGUCUAGUUAUAAUAAAUGUUUGGUCAUGAAUGGUUUUCCUGGGACUUGUGCACAAAAAAAAAAAAAAAAUAAA